AUGGCACGGCCAAGUCAGAUGUACAACUCUCAAGAUAGAAUUAUAGACAAGACCAAAUACAAAUUUCCCAUUUUAUCCACGAAGGAAUUGGUUUCUCUCUACAACACUAUGGGAUUCGAUAUUACCGAAAGUAUUUUAGUGAAACCAAACUCUCCCUUCAUGAAGGCAUUCAUGGAACAAGUUUUGGAUAAGUUUCUAUAUAUAUCGCCAUACUUAUUGAAAGAAAAAGUGUCCAAAAUGGAACAAGACAGUGACCAAGUUAGUGAUGACAGUAAUGACCUGAACUCAAAUUUGAAUGAAUAUAAUAGGGGGAAGGCUAAUGAAAGUUAUCGAAAUGACACACGCCAAUCAAUAAACAUUGUUGCGAUGCAAAGAAUAAUGUAUAAGUUCCUGUGUGAUUGUGGGGUUGAAGAUUUUAGUAUACGUGAUGUCAUCAAACCUGAGCUUGAAAGACUGAGGAUCAUUUUGAGUGCACUUAUCAACUAUGCACGUUUUAGAGAGGAAAGAAUGGGAGAUUUAGAUGAACUGAUGGAUACCAAUGACCAAAUGCUAGAGGAAUACAAGGAAUCCAUUCGGAAACAUCGUGAAUUAGAAGUGCAGAUAGAGGAGGUCAACCUUCGUUUACAAAGUCAACAGUACACUCUUGAUGAGCUUUAUGCCAAGAACGAACCAUUAGAGGAUGAGCUAAGAAGGCUUAAAGGUAUUCUGAAAGAUAUAUCGGAGACGCAUGAACGCUGUAAGUCUGAGAGACAAUCACUCAUUAGGCAGUUGGAAGAGCAAAGAAAUUUACACAAAGAAGCUGAGAAAGACCUAGAACAAAUAAGGCCGUACAUUAAGGAAUCUCCAGAAAGUGUGAAGGAAUUAAUUAAAAAGAUGAAAGAGUCCGAAUUAAGGGAGGUGGGGUCGCUAGAAAAAUCUGAACAACAGCUAAGAAAUGUUAAUGUUUCGCUGGAUUCUUUCCACGUAAUACUCCAAGAGCUGAGUCUAUUGGAAUCGUUGAUGGAAGAGAUUAUUGCAGAAGCUGAUAAAAACAGAAUGAGUGAAAAUAAAUUAAAAUCACUUAAAAAUGAGUUGCUAACAACAACAGAUAAUGUAAAAGAGCUUGAACGAAGUAUAAAACAAAAAGAGAAGCAACUGAUACACAACGAAGAAAAGCUUGAAGCUUUACAAAAUAUUUACAAAGACAAGAUAAAGUCUUUAGAAGACAAGAUGAAUUCACAAAUGAUUAAAUUUUCCGAUAUUAAAUCGAAGAGGAAUAUUGAAGACGUUGAACUAAGUGCUAAGGAGUCCCAAGUAAAAGACUGGGAACAUAAAAUGAGCCAAUUGCAAAGGCAGUUUGAUUCUGAGUGCAAAGAAGCGAAUUUCGAAUUUGAAAAACUUAAUUCGAAGGUCACACUAUAUAUGAAAGAACUGAAGAACAAGAUUCGAGAUUCCAAAGACCUCUUGUCCAUGUAA